UUUGGUAAAAAAAAUGAUAAUAUUAUCUAGUUAUCUCUAAAGGUUUUUAUCAUUACUCAUGUGAUAUUAAAAAAAGACUAUUAAUAAAAUAUAUUCGCUAAUACAACAUAAACAUAUCGAAAGAUAAAUAAUACAAUUGAUAUUAAUAGAUUUGCAACUGUUAUUAGAUAUUUAGUGUCCACAUACUUCUGAGCGGGGGUGUACUGUAUGCAUCGCGCAGAUACGCUGCGCCGGGUCGCGAUCAUGUCAAAUAUAGACGUACGAUCAUUAUCUUUAUUAUAGGUUAUAGCUAUUGUUUUUCGAAAACAACACACUUAUAUAAUCAGGUACAUGUUAUACAUCAAUAGAUUCAGAAAAAAAAAUAUGUUCGUUUUGGUUAUUUUAUAAACUGCGAUUACAUUUAAAAUAAUGUUAUAAACAAAUUCUUUAUUAUAAAGAAAUUAUUUUUUUUGCAAAAUUUUGGGUCCGAUUUUAUAUGCAGAUAGAAAACCAUGAAACUUUUUCUUAAAAAGAUUUCUUCUAUCUAUAAUAGUUUCGGAGAUAGCCUAUUGCAACUGAAACUUUAUAUCAUUUCACCCCCUAAAUAUGAAAACGGGACAAAAUAAAAAGUAGGUAUAUCUUAUUUUUUGGCCCUUCAAAACAUAUCCAAAAAUCAAAACAAUCGGAGGGAGGCACCUAAAAAACAUUCCUUAUCAGUCUCUCUUUCUUCUUCAUCAAACUGUUUUUUCUACUUCGUCGACGCUUCGAAACUCUGGACGUAUUCGAAGCUGGUCGGACUUGAAUAUUUGGUUAUACGUACUUACAAUGUAUACCCAACCGAGGUGUCGAUUCUGUUUACACGCCGAGCGCCAACAUAGAAAGGGACAGCCAGUAGAGGAGAGAAAGAGAGGUCGAAACAAAUCGGAGAGACUAUAUGUAUCUUAUUUUCGCUCGCGAAAGAGCGAAUUAUGUUUCUCGCUUCGUUCAGAAACAGCAGAAAACGCCACCUCGUUUUCAUCGGCCAGCCGUGUCUCUAUGGGUAUUACCAUUUCUAUGCAGAAAAAUCUGCUGUAAUACCGACCAGCCAAAUCGGAGAGGUCGGUAUUACAGCAGCUACUCUCUGCAUAGAAAUGGUAUUACCAUUAGAUAUGCGGCAGCGAAGGAAAACUAGAUGGAGCUGCUCGUUGUUGACAUACAGUAUAGUUUCUUCUCAACAACAUAUACUGUAUACUUCUUCCUUGAGUGAUUCUGAAUGCUCAGCGUAGGAAGUAGUAGUAUUCUGUUCCGCGCCGCGUAUUACGUUUGUGUAGUGCGGUCACACUUCACCAUCGCGCGUGCAUAUACAAAUAGGAGCUAGGUUGGAGGACCCUCGGCGCCGCUGCGGCGCCUUGUGAGUUGCUCCGCGCUAUCGAGAAUUUGGAAAACUUUAACAAUUUUUUACGCGACAACGGUUCGUCUCCGGCAUGUGGCUCUUUUGAAGCUUUUUACCUACUCCUCGAGUAGAAUUUUUUAAAAUUAAGAAACACUUUGACCUUAAAUUUCGAGGUCAUAAUGGAUUUUGAGGACGGUUUUUUUUGCAAAUGUCCACCGAUCCAGAUGUGUACAAUAACCCCUGAAAGUGGUGAUCAAUAAUUUUUAUACACCCUGUACACCCUGAUUUCAUUUAUAAAAAUAAAGAAGUUUAAUACAAAUUGUAACAAUACCAGAAAAACCGCGAUCGAAAUUUCUCGACCAUCGGUAGGCGCGCGGGGUCGGGCGAGCGGGGAACGUUCGCGAACGCUCGCGAACGUGCCCGCAUAGUAACGCGGCUUGUUGAUUGACUGCGGUCUGUUAGCAACGAUCGGGUAUAAGAAUCGCUCUCGCGGUAGCGGACGCGGCAUUCUUUGCUGCACUCAUAGGAGAGAACGAGAACCUGUUUCCAAAUUCCUCACCUGCGAAUCUACAUCCCUUACAAAAUUACUUUUUGAGUUGAUACUAAUUGAUUAUAAAAACUGAUACCUACAUAUCCUGAAAAAUCCAUUAUUAAUAUUCCCUAUUUCCUAUUUCCCAUAAAUAUUUUAAAAGAAGCGUUUAAAAAAUAUUCGGAUAAUGUGAAAUUUAUGUUUAGAAGAUGCGUAUUGAAUAUUCGAGCGAUGUUGAAUAAAUCUUGAAAAUUAAGAGAUUCAAAAAAAAAUUAAAUCAAUUUUAUAUUGUGUUUCAUUUCAUAGAUUUUACUUUUAUUACUUUAUUUCUUGUGAUUGGAUUCAAUUAAAACAAGUUAUUUUAAUUUUUUUUUAUCUCGGUGGGAAUUUGAAUAUCAGAUGAAUAUGUAUUUUAUAUUCGGGAAAAAAUAUACUGUUGCGAAUAUUAAAUAAAUAUGUAUUUUAUAUUCGAGAAAUAAUAUUCCAUUCUAAAUAUUGAAUAGAUAUUCAUUUUAUACUUAAAAAAAAAAUAUUUUUUUCUAAAUCUAGAAUAAAUAUCAUAUGUAUAUUUAAAUAUUAAAAUGAGAUUCAAUCUCUUUUAUUGGAUGAAUAUGUAUUCAAUAUUUUGUGCUACUAGGGUAUGUGAACCUGAGAGCCAACUGCCAAAAAAUUAACUUUUUUUUACGGAAAAUGAUAGUGUUUCGUUUCAAUUUUAGUAUUAGGUUGUUACAAUUUUUUUCAUUCAUCAAUUGAUGAAACUACAAACGAAAUACUAUCAUUUUCCGUAAAAAAAGUUAAUUUUUUAAGUCAAGUCCCACGUUCACAUAGCUUACAAGGAGAUAUCGCCUAGUGUCCCCCGAAUUAUUUAAUCAAAUUUUUUUCAUAUGUAAAGAAGGGUAUGUAGGACAAUCUCUGCAAGUGAGAAGGCGAGACUCUCUUUCGUUUUCGAGAAACAAAUUUUUAAAAAUAGCUAAAUUUCGAUUGACGAGUGCCAACCAUAUAAGAGUCGGAGGUAUUAUAGAAGCAGCGUUGCAUAGUCAGUAGAGUGCCAUGUUGCGAAGGCAAUCUUUUGCGCUGGAAGCGGUUCAAUCCCGGUAGGAGUCGCCUAUUUUUUUGUUUACUUUUUCUUCCGUUUGUAUCAUGUUUUGUUAUGGAAACUACGUUUUUAUAUAUUAAGAUUAUUUUUAUACAAUAUUCUGCAAUUUUUAUGUGUUUUAUCGCAUUGAAAAAGAAGUCAGAAAAAAGAAGGAAGAAAAAAAAAGAAAAGAAGAAAGAAAAAGAAAAAAAAGAAAGAAGAAAGAAGUUGUGCUAUGUUUGUUUAAUAUAAUUAAAUUGUUAUUUUCAAACUAUAAUGUAAGUUUUUAUAAAAGCUUGUAGAAACUCUUUUCACAUCAUGACUUCUUUUUCAAAGCGAUAAAAAACAUAAUAAUUGUACAAUAUUGUAUAAAAAUAAUCUUAAUAUAUAAAAAGGUAGUUUCCAUAACAAAACAUCAUACAAACGGAAGAAAAAGUAAAAAAAAGGAUAAGUAACUCCUACCGGGAUCGAACCGCGUCCAGCGCAAAGCUAGAGUUUCGAAGCGACGACGAAAGUAGAAAGGAACAAUUUGAUGAAGAAGGAAGAGAGACUGAGAGUCGACGCUGGCAAAUGUAAAGAUACGGGAUCGGGAUGCUAAGCGCGAUUUCGACCUCAGUGAAAUGGCAACAGUGUAGAGAGACACUGUUGUGAGAACGGCAACAUCGCAAUUGUAUCGACAUCACGUUAGCAGUCGUCCUCAGUAAGCGCCAUCUCCUAUCGAUUGUCUGAACUAAAUUUGUGACGUAACUUGCUCUGCAUUAUCGUAAAAAUAGCGGAAUCUCGUUUUUGGGAAUGUUUUUAAGAUUUUUCGCUUUUUGUUCUUAUAUUAGCAUAUUUUGGGUUGAAUGAGGGCUCAUUCGAAAGAGGAAGGUCCAACGAAGGGUGGUCUGGUCAUCAUUCGAGUCACAAAAUCCAUUUAGUAACCUAAAAAUACUUCCAUUCUACGGAUGUGUUUUCCUCGACUUUUGUUCAACUUUGGACGCUCAUAUUAUUAAAUAUCAACACACUAUCGUUCUAUCAUGACCAGAGCACCCUUCGUUGGACCUUCCUUUUUCGAAUGAGCCCUCAUUCAGUCCAAAAUAUGCUAAUAUAACGACGAAAAGCGAAAAAUCGCGAACCCCUUUUUAGGCCCACUUUUGCUGGUAAUGUCACCUCGCUGCAUUACCCGUGUCUAUCCCCUUAAACCGAUAGUGAAAAGUGUAAAAAAAAUAGAAAACUUGAACAUUGUUGUUAGAGACACUAAGGAAAUAGAAGUUAAGAGCGAAAAUAAUAUAGGUAUCACAGUUAACCAAAAAAUCCAAGGUAAGAAAUACGAAUUUCAUCCUCAUGAUCAACACGUGGCGGCAGUCGAUGCGUUACAGUUAGUCGAGAAAUGCUUAGAUGAAAACGUAAAAUCAGACAUCGCGUUCUUUCAGAUACAAAUCAUAUUCAAAAACAGUACAAUUCCGCUUUCGUUUAACAAAAAAGCAAAUUAUAUUAAAAUAUUUAGAUUUUUAACACCAGACAUAAACCUAAUAGAGUCGAUAAAAAUGAUCUCUAAAACUAUCGCGGAAGUCAAAGUUAAAAAAGGGGAACACGGAAGGUUAAUUUUUAAUAAAUAUUCGGUUUUAGACAUUAACAGAUUCAAAAUGACAAUUCCUCACCGAGCAGAGGAGAGGGUGGGAGUGAUUAAAGACUGGGAUUUACCGCUGGAAGAUUUGAGAGAGGAGAUCGAGCCAGGGCAGGGAGUUAUCUCGAUAGAAAGGCUUAAAAAAAGGGUUAGAGUCGAAAAGAGGUUUGUAAUGAGGGACUCUCAUCUCAUUUUGGUUAAAUUCGCGGGUUGCAGUCUGCCGACUAAAUUGAUAGUAAUGGGAGAAGUAGGAUUAAAUAUCACACCGUUUGUUAGAAACAUAAGACAAUGUUAUAAUUGCCUGAAAUUUGGGCACAUAAAGAAAUGGUGCAGGAGCAAUACCAAAAGAUGUUUCAAUUGUGGAGAUGCUUUUCAUUGGGAAUGUAGUAAAGAAGCAAGAUGUAUAAAUUGCGAAGAAGGACACGGAGCAUUGAACAGGGAUUGCCCAUAUGCGGAAUUAGAAAAAGCCAUUACCAAAUUAAUAGCGUACAAAAACGUAUCAUUUCAGGAAGCUAAACAGCAAGCAAUGCUGGAACUGGGAUUUGUAGAUAAACGGUUAAAAUAUAGGGACGCAGAGGAACAAAAUGAUUUCUACGGGAACAAUAAAGACUUCCCUUCUCUUGACAGAUUUAAAAAGAAGAAGAUCAUAGUUGAGAAAUGGGAGGAUCAACCAUGUGAUCUACGUCACCCAUUCUAGAAACACGUCAAGCCCAAACAGCAAGCACGAAGUGACAGGAAUAAGGGCGAAGAAUAAGCCCAAAUAAGGAAGCCCAAAUAAGGAAAAGAACACCACGAUUGACAAAAGACAAAAACACACAGACUAUGAUAUUGAGCAACUUCUGCAAUGGAUCAAGGAAGAGGAACUAGAGGAUGUGGUUCUGAAGAGACUGAAAAACCGAGGAAGAUACAGCUCUGAACAAAUGGAGAAAAUGUGGGGAAAAGUGGAUUCCAACCUCAAAAGAUUAGAUAGGAACAUCCAAAGACAGAUCAGGAGCUACAACUAUAGCAAAUUACCCAAGCAUAUAACAGGAGAUAAUUUAGUAGACGAGGAAUUAGAAGAAAUGAGACGUAAAGAAGAGGAGAAGAAAAGAGCUUUCUUGUAUAGGAAUAAGAGACAAGACACAGGAUGCAGAAGACAAAACUUCAGGGGAACAGAUAGAAACGAAACAUACCAUAACAAGCAUGAGAAUAAGGACUGGAAUCAACCGAACAAGGUAGACAAACUAAUGCCAGAAUGGAAGAAAGCGGAAGAACAACCCACAACCGGUAAACCCAAGGAGAAGGAAGAAUUCGCAACAAGGGUGUUCGAAAUACCUGCUCUACCACAAGCACCGAUUGAUGACAACUGGGAUUCAGAUGCACCAAAGGAGGAGCAUGAUCAGGUAAAAACAGUAAAUUCAAUGGCAACAAUAGAAGAGAAAGAAGCGGAGAAAACGGAAUUAGAAGCCUUCAUCCAGAUGGAAGAAGUAGGAGUGAACAUAGAAAUUACAGAAACAGAAAAAUCAGCAGAGUGCAACAGUGUAAGCAAGGUCCCAUCAACCUCAACAGGUAUAACAGUAAAUAACUGUCAGGAGGGGGACUCAGACUCAUUCAAGUCUCCAGAUGGUGAAUCAGAAAGUGAAAUCAAAAUUGAUUGGGAAAAAGAGGAUAAAUUGAAAGAAUCAGAAAAGAAAUUCGACGUCAAAGUACAAAACUACAUUUUAUAUCCUGAAAGUGGUAGGAAAUGCAUAGUGUGCUAAAGAUAGAAACUUGGAAUGUUCGUAGUUUAGGAAAUAAGAUAGAAGAAUUAAAGAUUAUUAUAAGAAAUUAUGACAUAUUAUGUAUCACAGAAGCAUGGAUAACCAAUUAUGACUUUGUUAGGAUUAAGGAUUAUAAACUAAUUUACAACGACAACAUGAAGGACAUUGACAGGAAAAGCCAAAGGCAACCUGGCACAGGUAUCGUAAUUAUAUACAAAAAUAACUUAAACAUUACAACACUAGAAAUAAUUACCAAUGGGGAAUUGUAUGAAUAUAUUAAAUGUAGCAUCUUGGAUCAAGAGAAUGUAAAAAUUCUAAAUUUAACGGUCCUUUACAGGAUGCACAAAAUCAAACUGUCGUAUAAAGAUUGGUUAGAUUGCCUAAAAAAAAUUGACAUUAAAGACGAUGACAUAUUGGUGGGAGAUUUUAAUGCUAGAAAUACUCUGUGGAAUUGUAGUAGCAGCGACUGGGUGGGAGAUAACUUAGCCAGGGCGUUGGAAUAUAAAGAACUCUUUGUAGCAAACGAAAACACGGUCUCUAGAAGAGGUGUGGGGGUAGCACCGUCAAAUAUAGACUUAAUUAUUACUCGAAUACAAACAAUAGGUAAACUAGAAAUACGGGAAUCAGGAAUAGAUUUGGGCUCGGAUCAUCAAAUAAUAGAGGCUCUUUCUUACACAGACAAAAAUAUUCAAAGUAAUUUUAGCUGCAACUUGAGAAAAGAUAGUAAUAGACUGUAUAACAGACAAAAGGUGAACUGGUCAAAUAUAAGACAAACUCUGUCGGAUAAGGAGCAGGAAAUUAAAACAGAAUUUCAAAAGAAAAAUGGAGCCAACGAGAAAUAUUAUUACUGGAAGGAACAGCUGGUCAAUACCUUUAGUCAAGAUGAGCAUCAAAAGAAUCGCAGAACAGAAGAUCAAAACAUAAGAAAUACAAGAAAUACAAGAAAUAAAACCAAAGCAAAACCAAAGGAAAACAGCAAUAGAGGUAAUAGAGCGAAAUGGUGGAACGAAGAAUGUCUGAGGGCUUGGACGGACUGGAAAACAAGCAAUAGAAUCUUAUGGAAUACAGGGACAGUUGAAGACUACAAUAUUAUGGUAGGUUUCAGGAAUAGAUGGAAGAAACUUAAGAAAGAAAAGAAGGAAAAACAAUGGAUAGAACUAACUGAAGAGAUCUCGGGAGAGAAAAACUUGACUAAAAUUUGGAAAAAGGUCAAAGGAUUGAAGGACUACUUUACAACAAACAAAACCAAAAUGGAUUGUAGAGUAAGAGGUGACCUGGAAGCACAGGAAAUAGAAAAACUGGUAAGUAAGAACAAUAACGCGGACAUUUUAAAGGACAGAAACCAUCAAUUUAAUUCAUAUCAGGAAUUCCCUUAUGCUGAUAUAUGGAAUAAAGAAGUAAGCAACAUAGAAGUACUACAUGCAAUAGAAGCAGGCAGGUCAAAAAAAUCGGCACCAGGACUGGACAAGAUAGAUUAUAAGACUCUGUCGGAAUUACCAUUAUUCAUGAAAAUACUACUAUCAGAAUUAAUGAAAGACAGCUGGGAGGAAGGAAUGGUACCAGAUGAUUGGAACUUGACAAAACCCAAUCUGGCUUUAAGAGAGAAAGAUCUAUGAUGGACAACCUAUACAGAAUUUCAGCAGAAAUUAAAGAAAACACGAGAAAACUGGAGACCACAAUAGCCACCUUCGUUGAUGUAAAAGGGGCUUACGACAACGUAGACUUGAAUAUUUUGAUAAACAUUUUAAUCAAAAAGAGAUGUCCAAAGAAGAUAAUUCGGUGGAUUCACGCAUGGUUGGAAGACAGGAAAAUAGAAUUUACAGAUGUUUUAGGUAAGAAGUCAAUAAUCAAUUGGAGGAAAGGAGUCCCUCAGGGAGCGAUUCUAAGUCCAACCCUUUUCAACAUUUACAUUACAGGGAUAAACGGAAAGUUACACAACCAGUUCACCUUGUUACUCAUUUAUGCAGACGAUAUUACAAUCCUUACUAAAGACAGAACAGAAGAGAAAGCAAUUAAAAAUAUGGAGGAAGCAAUGAACAGACUACUCGAACACCUAGAGGAAAGGAAGCUGGAAAUCUCACCAGAGAAGACACAAAUAGUUAGAUUUGACAACAAUACAAAGUUUAACAAAAUAAAAAUAGAGAUAGGUCAAGUAAACAAUAAAAUCACAUUAGAAUCCGUUUCCGAUCAGAACUUAAAGUUUUGCACUCAUAUAAAAGAUCUUGUUUGUAAAGCAAAAAAAAGGGUACAGGUUGUAAAUUAUCUUUCUUAGGGUAGCAGGGGUAUCACUCAACACUGGGCAUUAAACUUAGUAGGAGCACUAGUUUCUUCAGUGUCAGAUUACGGAGCUCCAAUUUUCUUUUCACUUAACACAA